AUGGAUAAAGAUUUAUAGGUCACGAUAAUCUAUGUCGACUAUGAAGUAGAUAACUAAUUUUUCGUUUAUAUUCCUCGAUACAAUACUCCUCUUUAAGGAAUAUUUACAGAUGUUGAUAUUUCCAUAUAAAAUCCAAAUGACCCUACUGAUUUCCUAAUAUUAAGAGUGACUUGCUUUCUAACAAAAUCUAGAAGCAAUUAUACUUCUCUGGGACAUAAUGGAUAUUUAGGUCUAGCACCUAUGAGAAAAGAUGACAAAUCAAAAUCACAAAAUUUUUCAUUCAUCUACUAAUUGAAAAACUCCAUGAAAAUUUAAAAGAACCUAGCAAUUAAGUACUCUAUUUAUACUACAUAAGAUUUGGGCUUAAACAAGGGAUCUUUAGAGUUUUAUAAUGCUGAUGAUGAUCAUGAUUUAAAAAUCUCAAAAGACUACAGUACAAAAAUAAAAGCAAAUCUUACUAAUAGCACUUUGUAUUAGCCUCUCAUAAAUUCUACCUUUUAAUACUACUCCUAUUUCAACGAAAGUUUUUUGUUUUGGAACUGUUAUUUCAGAUAUGAUGGAAUGAGGAUGUGUAGAUGCAGAGGAAACAGUUUUGAAGGCAUGCCAAAUAUUCAGCUAAUCUCGUAAAAAUUCAGCUAUUUGAUGGAGCCCUCAGAUUAUCUACUUUAUCCAACGAUCGAAACAGUAAAACUUUUAAUGUUAAUUUAUGCUAGGAUAAUCGAGAGACGAGAUGUGCCUUAGCGGUGUAGAACACAAGCAAUCCUGAGUCUAAAGCUAGGAACAAAAAUUUCACGCUUGGACAAACAUACUUUGCUCUUUUCAACCCAAUAUUUUUGGUUGAUUUUAGCAAUGAAUCUGAUCCCUAAUUUUAUGUUUAUCUCAAAGAGUAUGUUUGAAUUAUACUAAUUUUAUUAUUUUAGUGGUGAUACAAAUAUAGAGAGAAGUUUAUAACACGUUAUUACAAUGCUUAUAUUCUUAGUUGUUAUGAUAGCAUUGAUAACUCUGUUUACAAAGGGAAAAUAAAGUAGACUUAAGAUUUAGUAUUAAAGAUGGAAAGAUAUUAAGGAAUUGGAAGAUGAUUAUGAUGUAUACGUCUCUGAUGAAUAUGCUUACCACAUUACGGAUUUAAAGGUGCAGAUGGAUUAGCUUUAAUCUAUCGAAAAUUAUACUAAUGGACAAGAAAAUCCUAGUAAAUCUUCUCUAAUGAGUAUCAACGGUGGAUAUGCAAAUUCUCAUGCUUUUGCCUCUAGGUUACAAGGAUAUAGUUAGAUCAAUAAAAGGUAAUAGGAGCAAACGAAUCCUAACAGUUAUGGGUCUGGUGUCAAACUAAGAUCCUCGAAAAGAACUGGAAGUGUUGUAAUUGGAAGUAAAAAUUCAGAUUCCUUUUUAGAGUCUUGA